AUGUCUCCCAGGAAGAAACUCAAUUCCGGAUUGCGCAUCAAUAGCGCGGGUCUGGUCUUGAUUUGUCGAGGUUGUUGCGACAAAAUUAGCAAUGGUCGGACAUACACGAAGCACUCGGAACUCUACGGCGACGAGACGGUUCCCAGUGGAGUCGCUUGCGACAUUCCGACGACUUUGGCGCACAGCUGCAGCGCUUGCAAGACUUUGAAGCGGGCUCAUUGCCAACUCGUCCCUGUGCAACUGAACAACGCGGUUCUCCAAAUUGCUCGGAAGUUUAUCGCCCUUGAGCGUCUUCCUGUCGACGACCUCGAGCUCCACGCGCGACAAAGUGAGCUGGAGGAUCUCCAGGAACAGGUCGUGCGAGCGCUCCGCAAGGCGGCACCGAAGAGUGGCGCGCGAGCUGCUGGCGGGUCGGGGUCGAGUAGUUCUACUGUCUCUAGCGCUUCCUCAGCUGCUAGUGUAGCUAUCCUCGAGGACAUCGCAAAAUCACUCCGCACCAUCGCUGGUGUGGCCGUGGCGUUUGCCGCUUAUCGGGAAUUGUCUAUCGCGGCUAUCCCCUCGUCCGUUGAGCUGGACGUGGCUCGAUCCGCUGGCUCAGAGAGCCCUGGCUCCGAAUCUGAGUCUGGGGAAGAAGAGGAUGAUAGUCCAUCCCCCGCUGCGGCCAAGAAAAGGGCCAACGGUACGGCCGCUGCUGAGACCGAGGAGUCUUCUGCGGAGGAGUAG